AUGUUUCAUCAUGGGUGUCGUUGGACUUGGCUCGACAACCACUCGACGCCGUUAAGAAGUUCGCGGAAUCAUGUUCGCGACGAGUCCUCGAACCGAGUGGCUGACUUUUGGCGUGGAUCGAGCUUGGCAGGCGUUGUGGCCGGAAGUAAAUCAACGAAACCCUUGAAUAAACCAGAAUUCGACGACAUCGCACCCCGAAAUAUCACCGCCAUCGUUGGUCAAACAGCGGAAUUGAACUGCUUCGUGAAGCAUCCUGGAGACAGGGUGGUAUCCUGGAUACGUAAAAGGGAUUUACAUAUACUCACCUCGUCGAUUUACGCGUACACGGGAGACGAAAGAUUUUCCGUGAAACAUCCGGAAGCAUCCGAUGAAUGGACGUUGAAGAUCGAUUACGUCCAGCAACGCGAUGCCGGGAUUUACGAAUGCCAGGUCAACAUCGAGCCCAAAAUGAAUUUAGCCUUCGUGUUGAGAGUCGAAGCCGCUCAGGCGAAAAUCCUGGGUCCGGAAGACGUUUACGUGAAGAAGGGUAGCACGAUAAGCCUCACGUGCACCGUUAAUGUGCAAAGUACACCGCCCAGCAGCGUUUCGUGGCAUCACGGAGGAGCUGUGGUGGAUUUCGACAGUCCCAGCGUUCACCGCAGGGGCGGUGUUUCCUUGGAGACCGAGAAGACGGAAAGCGGCACGACCAGCAGACUUCUGGUGACACAGGCCAGAUUGACCGACAGCGGAAAUUACACCUGCAUUCCCAGCAACGCGAAUCCAGCCAGCGUGAUGGUCCACGUGCUGAAUGGCGAGCAUCCAGCGGCCAUGCAGCACGGCGGAAGUUGCGGCGUGACACCCACCAUUCUGCUCGCGACCUUCACCCUCUUGAUCGCGAACCUGCUGAGGUGAGCAGCCUCGUGAAUCGUGUCGGCUUCGUAACAACCAAGUUAAACUCGUUUCGCGAAAUGGGAUGGUUGAAAGUGUGGCUGGAAAAUGGGACGCCUCGGUUCCCUUUUUGCCAUCGGAACCACGAGACCCGGAUGUUACAGUGAAAGAAUAUGAGUGACCAGAGUUGACCGAGUUCUCGUCGACGUUAUAGAAAGAAAGGAUCGAGGAUAAACAGAGUGCAGUGGAUCGAGUGAUGGAACCAGUGACGUGGAAGUGGAUGAUCUUUUCUCACGUACGUUUUUACCGACAAUUUAACCCCUCUAAACUAUUAUUCCUAUUUCUCUAGCAAGCUUCACUCCGUGACACGUGCAUCGAGUGUGAAUAGUUCGCGAGUAAUCCACAGUGUGAAACGUUCGCUUUGGUGAAUCCUGUGAAUAUUGAACCUUCCCUGUGAAUAAUCAAAAACCUCUCAGUUUAAUCGUUGAACGAGCGUACCUCGGCGUGGAAAAAUUUUCCCGUAACCGAGAUGCGUAGAACCGAUAAUUACCGUCGAAUCGUAUCGCCGUAGAUAGCGUAAGUUUUUUCUGUAUAUAAAGAAAGGGACAGACGUGAAAAUGAAUAGGGUUUUGUCGCGACCUCGUUUGUACAGUACAAUACGUCUGGGAAGAACGAAAUGUAGGAUCUGGGCAGCGUUUGUAUAUACAGAAAUUUUUCAAUUUUAUUUUACCAUUUCGCUAUUUUAAUAUUCGAUUGAGAAAUGAUAAAAUUAUAGAGUGAAACUCGUACACAGUGGGAAUAUUUUGGGUCUUUUUAAUUAUUUUCUGUUACUUGAUUAAAUUACUCUCUAAUUAAUGACGAAAGGGUUAACGAUUCAUAACGAGAAAUUAUCUCAAUAAAUAUAGAUUUGUGGGAAUCGACUAGUUGAAAGUUUGCCCAGGUCUGACUAAUUACCCUCGAUUCUCCUCGAAACGUCUGUAAUUUCAUCGACGAACGUGUGUUGUUCUUCCUCGUUUGAAGAAUGUUUCUGUUUCUCGAGAAUUGCUCACGAUUAUCUGCUCAGUCUGUUUCAGGGAACGCAAUUGUUUCAUUCGUGCCUGGUUUUUCAUUUUCCAGACGUUUCGCAAUCAUUCGUAUCCAUCGAUGGUUCAACGAUGAUCGUCUAAUCAAAAUGCAAUCACAUUGAAUAUAAAUUUUAAGACUCACCAGAUACGCGAUCGUUGUAGGGUUCGUGUAUAGUUAAGUGUACCGGGGGAUGAUGUGAAUGUACAUUUCUAUAAGAUAUGGAUAAGAGUAUCGUUAACAGGAUGUGGCAUUCCGUUACUGUGUGUAAAUGCUGCUAAUUAUCUGAAAAUUCUAAAACGAGAAAAAUGAAACAUUUGCGACGCAACGUAAAUGAAUACAGUAAAUCUCGUUGUUUCACGUGUUUCUUUUCGAUUCCCUAGAAUUACGAAGAGUUUUGCAUCGAAGUCAUUCUAAACGACGAAUCGAACGAACGUUUAUCGAGACGGUGCUAUAAUUCGUUAAGUUCUUUCAUAGUCAAUCAAACGAAGCUGGUUUCUUUCGCGAAUCAACCUUCUUAGAUCAACGUCGCGAGAUGAUUCACGAUUUAUGGACAGUAGUAGUUGAUUAGAGAAAUUUACUACUAAUGUAACGAGUAAACGAAUAUCAUAACAAAAUUAGACAAUUAAGGCGCGACACAUACCUUUAGGUCUAAAUAUACAUAUAGAUUUUUUAUAAUGUUGUACCACGAGGAGAAACUUAGGUUCUACGGUGUAAAACAGACUGCCAGAACGAAUUCACGGUGUUGAAAAAGAACAUUGCAAUUGGUAAGAAUGAAUUUCGAAUAUAGACGAAAAUGAUAUACAUAUAUAUAUAUAUAUAUACAUACACAUUAUUCCUUCUUGUAUAGUUUAUACGGUAAUUUAUGUCGUUGUGAGAGGACAAUAUUUUAAAGUUGACGCGUGAGGACUAACGUUAAAGUGAACGAUUUUAGGCAGAAUUAAUGAGAACGACGGUGAAUGAUUAUGAUCGUGUGUGAUAAUUUCAAGAAUCUGACGUUCCUGGAUGAACGUUGAACGAUUUUCACGAUGUUGGAAACAAGAGAACGAUCGUCGGUGAAGUUUCAUUCGAUUUUUCACGGUAGACACUUUUUCCUCGAUCCCUCGAGUCUCGUUCCAUUUCCAAUGAUACCGUUCAUCUGAUAUGGUCACGGUUUCGCGUGAUACAAGAACGUGGGUGAGAGAAUAGACGAAGAAAAUGAAAAGAAAACAAAGAGAGAAUAAGAAUAUCGAGAGAACGUUGUUGUUCGACGACUAAUCAAUAAACGCGGCCACCCCCGCAUAAUUAUGGAAUGUUGCACAGAUUUAUAGUUAAGCCUAGGUCGCAUUGUACAAACAGUUCAUAACCGAUAAUGUACCACGUUAUAGAGGGACGUCAGUAUGAAUCAAAGAGACGGAAGUAAAAGAAAGGAGAGAAAGAGAAAGGAGCGACAAACGAGUACAGACUAUUAUACUGUAAAGAUAUUCAUCGACGUGAAUACUGUUUCA